AGUUCAGUUUCACCGCGCUCUCUGUUGUUGUUAUUGUCGGUGUGCUGCUUUAAUACAAACUGUUAUUUUUCUAAAAACAAAAUACAGUUUUUGAAUCAGUUCAGUAAAUACCUGUAAUAUUCUCGUCCUCACAGUCGUGACUGAGUUUUGAAGCGAUCAAGAAUAUCUGGAGGAGUUUAUCAUCUGAACUGAGAUCUGCUGCUGUGAAGAUGGAGUUUGUGAAAGAGGAGAGAGAAGAGAACACGAGUGAACCAGAAACCAGCACAAUAAAACACGAGGAACCAGAAAUAAAACACGAGGAACCAGAAACCAGCACAAUAAAACACGAGGAAACAGAAAUAAAACACGAGGAACCAGAAACCAGCACAAUAAAACACGAGGAAACAGAAAUAAAACACGAGGAACCAGAAACCUGGACAAUAAAACACGAGGAACCAGAAACUUUGAAAAUAAAACAAGAGGAUAAAGCAGAAUUCAUUGAAGAAAAAGAGGAAAAUGAAGAAUCAAGUGAAGUUGAGGAGAAAAAUCAUGUCAAAAUUGGCGGAAAACUUUGCAAGUGCGGUAAGAGUUUCACACAAUCAUCAAACCUCAAGGAUCACAUGAACAUCCACACUGGAGAGAAGCAGCACGCAUGUGAUCAAUGCGGUAAAAUGUUUUUAUGGGCUUCACUUCUGAAGAAACACUUGAAAGUUCAUGCAAAGAAGCAGCCACAUUCAUGUCAUUUGUGUGGUAAGAGUUUUUUGCAUCUACAAAGUUUGAAAGUACAUCAGAAAAUACAUACUGGUGUGAGAGAGUACAUGUGCUUUGAGUGUGAAAAAACUUUUAGUUCAGUGAGCAGUUUAAAACUGCACGAGAGGAUUCACACUGGAGAGAAACCUUACAAGUGUUCACACUGUGACAAGAGAUUCAAUCAAUCAGCAUAUCUGAAAACACAUGAGAGGAUUCACACUGGAGAGAAACCUUACAAGUGUUCACACUGUGACAAGAGAUUCAAUCAAUUAGCAUAUCUGAAAACACAUGAGAGGAUUCACACUGGAGAGAAACCUUACAAGUGUUCACACUGUGACAAGAGAUUCAGUGUGUCAUCGAGUCUGAAAACACAUGAGAGGAUUCACACUGGAGAUAAACCUUACAAGUGUUCACACUGUGACAAGAGAUUCAGUCAUUUAUCACAACUGAAAACACAUGAGAGGAUCCACACUGGAGAGAAACCUUACAAGUGUUCACAUUGUGACAAGAGAUUCAGUCAUUUAUUAAGUCUGAAAACACAUGAGAGGAUUCACACCGGAGAGAAACCUUACAAGUGUUCACACUGUGACAAGAAAUGCAGUGAUUCAUCAACUCUGAAAAGACAUGAGAGGAUUCACACUGGAGAGAAACCUUACAAGUGUUCACACUGUGUCAAGAGAUUCAGUAAUUCAUCAAAUCUGAAAACACAUGAGAGGAUCCACACUGGAGAGAAACCUUACAAGUGUUCACACUGUGACAAGAGAUUCAGUGUGUCAUCGAGUCUGAAAACACAUGAGAGGAUUCACACUGGAGAUAAACCUUACAAGUGUUCACAUCGUGACAAGAGAUUCAAUCAUUUAUCAAGUCUGAAAACACAUGAGAGGUUCCACACUGAAGAGAAAAUUUAUAAGUGUUCACACUGUGACAAGAGAUUCAAUAAUUUAUCACAUCUGAAAACACAUGAGAGGAUCCACACUGGAGAUAAACCUUACAAGUGUUCACACUGUGACAAGAGAUUCUGUCAGACAAGAGAUCUGAAAAAACAUGAGAGGAUUCACACUGGAGAGAAACCUUGUAAGUGUUCACACUGUGACAAGAGAUUCAAUAAUUUAUCACAUCUGAAAACACAUGAGAGGAUUCACACUGGAGAGAAACCUUACAAGUGUUCACACUGUGACAAGAAAUUCAGUGAUUCAUCAACUCUGAAAAGACAUGAGAGGAUUCACACUGGAGAGAAACCUUACAAGUGUUCACACUGUGACAAGAGAUUCAGUAAUUCAUCAAAUCUGAAAACACAUGAGAGGAUCCACACUGGAGAGAAACCUUACAAGUGUUCACACUGUGAUAAGAGAUUCAGUCAGACAAGAGAUCUGAAAAAACAUGAGAGGAUUCACAAUGGAGAGAAAAUACAUCACCGCAACGUACCUGGGAAGCGUUUCAUUAAGUCAUCUGUUAUACAAAAAAAACAAAGUAAGGCCCUGUACAUGCGGAGACACAUUUAGUUGUAUAUGUAAAUAUUUUGUAUGGUAUAUGCGUUUUGUCCGGACGGAUCCGGCAUUCGGGGCAGUGAAAAGGCAAUUUUUUUUUAAACCAGGUCCCAGAGUGGAUAAAUCUGAAAAUUACACCUUUGGGGUUUUGUGUUCUGCCAAUCCAUAUAUUUUGUGAAACAAUGAUGUCAUCACCCCACAUCUCUACUAUAUUCAGACACCAAAAAUUAUCCAGACUCCAGGUAUAAUACCCAAAAAAUCUUCAUACAGUGAACUACUAGUGAAAUAGAUAGAUAAAAUCUAACUAUAUAUAAAAUUGGGAACAAAAAUUAUUUAGCACCUUAUAAAGCACAAUGUAUUGCUUAUGUGUGUGUUUUUUUUAAUUGCUAAUGCAACCUUUUCACACCACAGUCUGAACAAAAUGAAGCAUUGCUUGGUAAUUGGUCAACAAAGUAUUGAUAGUUGUGUAAAUAUCGUCAUAAUAACAGUUGUCUGUAGUUUUGGUUGAUUGUAAUCCAUUACGUAAAUUUCUAUCAAAGUUAUGACAUUAUCCAGACGAAUUUGUUCUGACAGAGUUUAACUCUAAAUUCUUGACCUAUUUUAUAACCAUUUUAGAAGCAAUAGCAAAUAAACUGUAAUAAUGUGAAGGUGUCUGAAUAAAUUUUGGUUUGAUUGUAUAUUCAAUUUUUACAUUGAAGACUAUCCAGUGCUAUUUUACAUUUAAUUAUUCAGUUUCUGUCCCUUGACACCUACAAACUUAAAAAAAAAACGUAAACAUUGUGUAAAUAGCAAAAAUAAAAAAAUGAACGAACAAACAAAUUAAACCAUUUCAAACAGGGCCCACUGUACAACUUUCAGCGGGGCCCCGCAAACCCCAGCUACGGCCCUGCCUGUGGGUGUUGAAUACUGUGACCAAACAGAAAGUAAUGCCAUAAAAUAAUUGUUAAUUUACUAUGUUACUUUACAAUGUUACAAUUGUUAAGUGUUUCUGUGUUCUUGAUCCUCAAGAAAAAGAAGGCGAAAGCUUCAGUUUCUUAAUCUUAAGAAAUAAUAGAAUAACUCUUUAAAUAAUAAAACUUGUUACUUUCAAUGAAAGUCAAUAAUAAAAAAUAAAAAAAGACUUUUGAAAGGAAUUUUAAUGACUGAAGUUAUCUAUCGUAAUUCGUGUAGGUCAUAAAUUAAAAUGCUAAUGGUCAUAAAAAGGUCUUAAAAAGUUUUAAAUUUUACUGAUUAAACCCUGCAGAAACUCUGAAUACUGAGGUGCUAAACCAUUCAGGGAUUUAUAAGUAAUAAGCAAUAUUUUAAAGAAGAAUAACCACUCAAUAAAGAAUUACAAUAAUUGAACCUUGAGGUGAUAAAUGCAUGGAUUAACAUGUCUGCAUUUGACAUUGAGAGCAUAGGCCAUAAUUUAGAUAUAUUUUUGUGAUGGAAAAAUGCAGUUUUACAAAUGCUAGAAACGUGGCUUUCUAAGGAAAGAUUUCUAUCAAAUAGCACACCUAGGUGAUA